ACAGGGUCUGCCCUUCCCUUUUACUCAUUGGCUCACCACUCUGACCACAGGGCUUGUGGUCUGGGAAGCGACCAAUGAAAAAGAGGCAAGGUUCCUUCAACAGUGUUGUGUCUAAAAGAGACAGUGUGGUAUUCUUGUUUUUCUUGUCACCCUGAGGGGAAUGUAGCAUGUUGCAACUGUUUCAGAACGCAAAAGACAGCAGUUUGGAUUUGUAUGUGUGUAAGGAUGCCUGUGUUUGAGACACAGACAGAGGGCGAGAGAGCGAAAGUGAGAGAGGGGGGAGUGUGUGUGUGUGUGUGUGUGUGUGUGUGCUCCUGGCUGACAGAGAAGCAGAGAGAAUGCUGUGGUCUUUAAGAGCAGACAGGCGCCAUAAAGACACAUACACACAAAACCACACCAACAUGCACACACACAUAUGAACACCCUCCCUCAUACUCGCUCUCUCUCACACACACAUUUCCGACAGGCGUACAUGCUGUCUGCAGCACAUGCGCAUUCAGGCUGCACGCACACACACAAGUGCAUGCUGUCUGGCUGAUUAGCUUGCAAGGGCUGUCUACAGCAUCCAGGGAGACGGCGCUACAGGAGGCAGCAGGGCUUUGCUACGGCGGAGGAAGGAAAGAGGAAGGAAAGAGGAAGGAAAAAUAAGGGGAGCCUGAAGCUCUUGGAUUAGUUUCAACCUCAGACAUAAUUUAACCAGCCCAGGGAGACACAAUGGAGUGACUGGGAUACUGCGGGGGAAGCUACUGGGAGGAGGACUGUGGACUGUGUGUGUGUUGGGAUCAUCACUGAGGCACAUACGGGGCUGAUGCAGCAGGAGGACGACUGGGCCCGGCCCCUGGAUCCGGUGCGCUGUGGGGGAGGGGCACUUUGCAGAGUAGACGCAACGCAGGGAGACGAGGAGAGAGCCUGUUUUUCCCCACACCGAGAGCUCCGCUGUGAUUCUGUAGCCUGACCACCCGUCUGCUAGCAACAUCACAGGCCUGGCUCCCUAUUUCUCUCUCUCUGUCUCUCCUUCCUUCUCUUUCUCUCUCCAUUGUCAUUUGUCUCCCGCUUUCUCUCUGUCACUCCCUGUCCUCUUCCUCUGUCCCAUCGCUCAAUACUACGGUCAUCUUUCCCACCCUGUCGUCACCGUCACCGUCUUUCCAUCCCUCCAUCCUUCUAAGCUCCUCUCUCCUCUUUUAUCUCCAUCUGUCAGUCUGUCUGACCUAUCUUUCAUUACAACAUCUUGGCUUUUCUCUCUUCCCUCUCCUCCUCCAUUGCCUCUCUUUGCCCUUCAGACAGUCCCCCUCUCACUCUCCAUCUUCUCCCAUCCUAUCCUCCCCCUCUCCCCACUCUGCUGUUUGAUUUGGGUCAGUUCUGCUCACCAGCUGGGAUGAGAUGUAGUCUCUGGAGCUUGGGGAUCCAGGGGGCUCCUGGCCUGCCGUUUGCGGGGCACCCUCAUCUGUGGACCGUCCUCACACUGGGGCCCAUAUCUGGACGCACUGGGUGGGUGGCCUGCUUCCAGGACAACUGCAUGUAGGGACGGACUGUGAGCACCAGUGGACCCUGUCCUUCUCCCCCUCCACCCCUCGCCCCCCCCACCCUCGGCGGGGGGAAGCUGUCGCUCUGGAGUGUCCCGGCCUGGCCGGCUGCGGCCUACACGCUGCCCACACGCUGACGACGAAUCCCUCCUCAUGCUGCUGGGACACCUGCAGCGCCCCCACCCCCAGCCCGCUCCACUACCGGUCCUCCUGUCUGGGAAAGCGCCCCUCGCCCCCCGUCACCCUAAGCAUGGGUGUGGUAGAGGCCAUUGACCCCGCCUCGCCGUCCCCUUGCCCCUCGCCCGUGCCAGGCGGCUACCGGCUGCCCCGCUCUUCCACCAGCUACAGCCAGCUGCAGGGGAGGGGAGGAGGGCCAGACCUGGAGCUGGACCUAGGUGCGGCUGCCGGAGGGGUUCUGGAAGGGUCUGGGAUGGCAGCGGAGCGCAGGACACCUCUAGUAGACCUGUUCUGUGAGACCUGCUCGAGACCCUGGCUCAUCGGAUGGUGGGACCAGUUUAAGAGGAUGUUGAACCGGGAGCUAUCUCACCUGUCAGAGAUGAGUCGUUCAGGGAACCAGGUGUCUGAAUACAUCUCCACUACCUUCCUGGAUAAGCAGAAUGAGGUAGAGAUCCCGUCUCCGACCCUGCGGGAGCGAGAGCGGGACAAGCCCAUGUGUCAUAUCAGUGGAGUGAAGAAGCUGACGCACAGCUCCAGCCUGUCCAUCAACACCACCAUGCCACGCUUCGGAGUCAAGACGGAACAGGAGGACGCACUGGCCAGGGAGCUGGAUGACUUGAAUAAGUGGGGCCUUAAUAUCUUUCGUCUGGCUGAAUUCUCCAAUAAUAGGCCUCUCAGCUGCAUCAUGUUCGCCAUCUUCCAGGAGAGGGAUCUGUUGAAGACGUUUCGAAUCCCUGUCGACACCUUCGUGACCUACGUUAUGACCCUGGAGGACCACUACCAUGCCAACGUGGCCUACCACAACAGCCUCCACGCCGCUGACGUCACCCAGUCCACCCACGUCCUGCUGUCCACACCGGCUCUGGACGCCGUGUUCACUGAUCUGGAGAUCCUGGCUGCGUUAUUCGCUGCUGCCAUCCAUGAUGUGGAUCAUCCUGGCGUGUCCAACCAGUUCCUCAUCAACACCAACUCGGAGCUGGCUCUGAUGUACAACGAUGAGUCAGUCCUGGAGAACCACCACCUGGCCGUGGGCUUCAAGCUGCUCCACGAGGACAACUGUGACAUCUUCCAGAACCUCAGCAAGAGGCAGAGACAGAGCCUGCGCAAGCUCGUUAUCGAUAUGGUGUUGGCGACGGAUAUGUCCAAGCACAUGAGUUUGCUGGCUGAUCUGAAGACCAUGGUGGAGACGAAGAAGGUGACCAGUUCAGGAGUGCUCCUGCUCGACCACUACACUGACCGCAUCCAGGUGCUGAGGAACAUGGUGCACUGUGCGGACCUAAGUAACCCCACCAAGCCCCUGGUCGUGUACAGAGAGUGGACUGAGCGCAUCAUGGAGGAGUUCUUUAGACAGGGGGACAAGGAGAGGGAGAGAGGCAUGGAGAUCAGCCCCAUGUGUGACAAACACACUGCUUCUGUGGAGAAGAGUCAGGUGGGCUUCAUCGACUACAUUGUGCACCCUCUGUGGGAGACGUGGGGGGACCUGGUGCACCCUGAUGCCCAGGACAUCCUGGACACUCUGGAGGACAACAGGGACUGGUACCAGAGCACCAUCCCCCAGAGCCCCAUCUCCCCACCCCCAAUCCCCCUCGGCCCAGACAAGAGGCUCAACGCCUGCAUCGACAAGUUCCAGUUCAAGCUCACCUUGGAUGACGACACCGAGGGAGGACAGGAGGAGGAAGAAGAGGAAGAGGAGGAGGAGGAGGAGGAGGGGAAAACCACCCCCAAUCACAUGGUGCUGGACUGCAGUCAGGGAGAGGAGGAAGACAAGAAAGAAGAGGAGGAAGGAGAGGAUGUGUUAAAGGAUGAAAGGGAAGGAGACAUCAUCGAGGAGGAAGGGGAAGUAGGGAUGGAGGAGGAGGUAGAGGAGGAGGAGGAGGAGAAGAGGGGAGUUCUUCAGAAAGCUCAGUCAGGGGUGGAGAUACACUCUGACACAAGCCCCGUGGAGGACGAGGAGGACGAAGACUCCUCCUCACCAGCUGAUGACACAUGAGUUCCGCUCCUCUCUCCCUGGCCACACCCCACAUGCACACACCACGCCCCUGUUGUCCACCCUUUAUUUCCAAUGGCCAAAACCCAAGAUCAAAUAAGACUACAUAGACCUUAGACAAUAGACCUUUAAAUCUAUUUUUCAAAAAGGGAACACAAAUAAUAUUGCUUAAAGAAAAGCUAUUUACACAGCAACUGUAGAUUUGGAGUUGGAGCUGGAGGUGUUUCUUCCAGCUGAUGCUAUGAGGAACAGCUAUGAGGACAAAGAGGAACAUAGAGAAGCAUUAAUAAUGGGCCAUUGAAGACAGUGUAGCACUGGAACUGAACACACACACACAUAGACAUGCACAAACUCACCUCCACACACAAACACACCUCACUCACACACUUUGAUUCACGGAGAAAAAAAAACUCUGAAGUCUACACACGAGAAUGUGUGUGUUUGUGUGUGUGUUUGACUCUGAUUGGUAACGAAUCUCUUUGGAAAAAGCCAUCUCUAUAUGGAGUAUUAACUAGCGUCAGUCAGUAUUACUAGUUCAUGUUUGUUAGAAUUCAACAAGAACUCUGUUUUUUUCUGAGUGACUUAUUUUCCAUUUCUGUCGGAAAGAAGACUACAGAUAUCUAUCUAUAGAGGAGGAGAGGCGCGAGAAAAGAAGACUACAGAUAUCUAUCUAUAGAGGAGGAGAGGAGCGAGAAAAGAAGACUACAGAUAUCUAUCUAUAGAGGAGGAGAGGAGCGAGAAAAGAAGACUA